AUCUUCGUCUAAGAAGCCGAGCAAAGAGGUGAGACUGAUCGAGAUCCAGGGCGAGGGCGAGAGAGAGAGAGAGAUGGCUUUGGGAGCUGCGAUCGAGUCUCAGUUCAAAGUGCUGCACUGGAUCGGUCGAGGUCGCUGGCAUGGAGUCUCUGCAACUCCAUUCGUCCGAUGUCCUCUCAUGGAGACGAUCAUCUCGACAGGGAAGAAGUGAUGGAAAGAGUUUUGGACGUCGUCAAGUGCUUCCCCAAGGUUGAUCCUUCGAAGGUGACCUCUGAUGUCCAUUUCCAAAAAGAUUUAGGCUUGGAUAGCUUUGAUACUGUUGAAAUUGUAAUGGCUUUAGAGGAGUUCAAGCUGGAGAUUCCAGAUAAGGAGGCUGAUAAAAUUGAUUCCUGCCCCCUUUCUAUCGAGUACAUUGCUAACCAUCCAAUGGCUGGUUAGCUCUAGGAUAUUGCAUCUAGAUUGUACUGAUUGGGUCAACCAUUUUGUUUGAUUUCUUGAGUGGUUGUAGAAAUAUAAUCUCUGCCAGUGGAUCGAAAUAAUUCUGAUAUCUUUGAUAUUGUAAUUUUGGUGAACUAGAUAAUGAAGGUCAUUCGUGAAUUAUGUUUCUCUUGAA